GAAGUAUUUCUGUACUUCGUUAUUUCAGCUGUGCUUAUUGUCCGAGAGGAGCAAGAUAAGAGCAGUAGAAUAUGGCAGUUGGACAGGUAGUGUUGAGCAUAAAAUGGAUACUCUCAGCACAGCAAACACUGAAUUUUGCCUUGAUGUGUUCAAAGAACUGAACAGUAACAACGUAGGAGAUAACAUCUUCUUUUCACCACUGAGCCUGCUCUAUGCUCUAAGUAUGGUCCUCCUUGGUGCCAGAGGAAACAGUGCAGAGCAGAUGGAAAAGGUACUUCACUUUAAUCAUAUGACACAGUCACUAAAACCAGAGUUCAAGGACUCAGCUAAGUGCAGCCAAGCUGGAAGGAUUCACUCAGAGUUUGGAGUCUUAUUCUCUCAAAUCAACCAGCCAGACUCUAACUAUACCCUCAGCAUGGCCAACAGACUCUACGGGACAACGGCGAUGGUGUUCCAUCAGCAAUAUUUAACUUGUUCUGAGAAACUGUAUCAAGCUUUGCCGCAAACUGUUGAUUUUGAACAGUCUCCAGAAGAAACCCGGAAAACUAUUAAUGCUUGGGUUGAAAGUAAAACUAAUGGAAAAGUCACAAACCUCUUUGGAAAGGGAACAAUUGACCCUUCUUGUGUAAUGGUCCUGGUGAAUGCCAUAUAUUUCAAAGGACAAUGGCAAAAUAAGUUUCAGGAAAGAGAGACAGUUAAAAUGCCUUUUCAGCUAAAUGAGGGUAAAAGCAUAAUUGUGGAAAUGAUGUAUCAAACUGGAACAUAUAAAUUAGCCUUCAUAAAGGAGCCGCAGAUGCAAGUUCUUGAGCUGCCCUAUGUUAACAACAAACUAAGCAUGAUUAUUCUGCUUCCAGCAGGCACAGCCAGUCUAGAACAGAUAGAGAAGGAGCUGAACACGAAGACAUUUAACAAGUGGACCAGCUCUGCUAACAUGGUGGAAAGGGAAGUUGAAGUCCACAUUCCCAGAUUCAGACUUGAAAUCAAGUAUGAGCUAAAGUCCCUGCUAAAUUCUCUGGGCAUGACAGAUGUCUUCAAUGAGAUCACAGCUGAUCUUUCUGGAAUAUCACCAGUUGAUGGCCUAUAUUUAUCAAAGGUCAUCCACCAGUCAUAUGUGGAUGUCAAUGAAGAGGGCACAGAGGCGGCAGCAGCCACUGGGGACAGCUUUGUUGUGAAAAGACUCCCCAUCCGGGCUCGGUUCCUGGCAAACCACCCCUUCCUUUUCUUCAUAAGACUCAGCCAUACCAACACGAUCCUCUUCUGUGGCAAGCUUGCCUCUCCCUUAAACAAGCAGGCUUGAGCAAGGCUCAGAGUCACAGAGGAGGGGCAGGGACAAACCCAUGACUAACAGCAGUUCAUCCCUCACACACCUCUGUACCUCACUCUGCUCAUCUGCAAAAUGGGGCUAGGUUUUCUCUCAACUUAGACCUUGAAUUGGUGGACCUUAAGAUUAUGGAAAUCAUGGAAGAAGGUACAUUUAUGAAAAAGCUUCUCUGGUUCUGUUAUCUUUGGGGCCUCAUGUAAAGGAUAUCUGGGUGACAAUCAAGUCAAGGAGACUAAAUUUAAAGGGUUAGAUUUGUUUGACUUGUAUGUCUCUAUGAUCUCUUGACCAAGAGGAAUCUACCUUCAGAAAAGCAAUUUGAGGGCUUCAACUUUGGUUCGAUUUUUAAAUAUAAUUUUCCUUGCAUGUACAACAUCAUGAAUUUUAGUUCAAAAUUCUGUAUUCACUGUAAUAAAUACAUAAAUUGCUUUCA